AUGGAAGUUUACCAAGAGUUUGCAUGCCUGACCCCACCAACUAUCAGUGACGAGGCCAGGAAGGCGUGGCUGCCCCCAUUUUAUAGAUGAAGAAACUGAGGCUCAGCUGGGCUAGUGACUAAGGGAAGCAGCAUGUGAUACGUGGCUUGAGGCAUCUCUCUCCAUCCUGAGUAACUCGGAAGGCAAUCUGGCUCCCUAAGCGUGUAAUGUUUCAGGGACUGGUAGAGCUUCUUUCUGGGAACUCUUGCUAGAGUCAGAAGCACAUCCCCAGAUGGUGGCGGGGUCCUCCAUUUACUCCCCUAGGACCUCUUGGGUGGGCACUUCUGACUUCACAGGUCUUCCCUAAGAGGCCAGGCCCGAAGGUGCGAGGAGGACUGGGUUCACUUACCUGGAGGCUGCCUCAGUGCUGGGCCACCCAGAUGCUCCCAUGAGUGAGAACCAGGGUGAGGGCUUGUGUCCCGGAGCCCGGCCGGGCAUCAGAGGCAUCUAUAAAAGCAGACUGCUCCAGGCCCCAGCAUCCUGCUUGAUUACCACCUGUUGCCACACAAUGCUGGGAGGCCUGGGGAAGCUAGCUGCCGAAGGCCUGGCCCACCGCACAGAGAAGGCCACCGAGGAAGCUGUUCACGUUGUGGAGGGAGUGGUGAAGGAGGUGAUAGAUCAUGCUAAGGAGGCUGGAGAGAAAGCCAUUGCUGAUGCUUUAAAGAAGGCCCACGAGUCGGGGGACAAAGUGGUAAAAGAAGUCACUGAGACAGUGACCAACACAGUCACGAAUGCUGUCACGCAUGCAGCAGAAGGCCUGGGCAAACUGGGACAGUGAGCUUGCCUGCCACCAUCAGGCUCUUCCUGAAUCGCAAUAAAAAGCUGAG